AUGAUGGNNACCAGUAUAUGCGAGACGACACCUGGAGUCAACUCAUUCUCUGGCUACGUCCAUCUGCCAUCCGCACUCUUGAUAGAAACGCAAGACCCUUCCGAUCCUUACAACAUCUCGACUUUCUUCUGGUACUUUGAGGUCAGCAUUGAUUGUUCGGAUACAUCGCUCACAUUGCUGAUGUGCGUUAGUNCUCGUAACAACCCCAGAGCUGCUCCGCUUACCAUCUGGCUUGCGGGGGGUCCAGGAGAUGCAUCUUCCUUCACUGCCGUGACCGAAAAUGGUCCCUGCUAUGUGAACGAAUUCUCCAAUGGCACUAUUAUAAACGCAUACUCUCUGAACGAACAUUCGAAUGUUUUGUUUAUCGAUCAGCCUGUCCAAUCAGGUUUCUCAUACUCGACGUUCUUGAACAGCACUUUCAACUUCAACAAUCUCGAUCUGUUCGCUUCUCCGAUCUCCCCAAUCGACUCUUACAAUGGCACCGUUCCUGCAGAGAACGCGACCUUCAAGUAUGGUGUUUGGGCCGAUCCAGAUCCAAGUCGUACGGCUAACACUACCGAAAAUGCGAUGAAGCCAUUGUGGCACUUCCUCCAAGGCUGGUUUGAAAACUUUCCAGAAUACAAAACUCGAGACAAGCGAGUCAAUAUCUGGGGCAAUUCCUAUGGCGGCUUCUGGACCACAGGCUUGACCAGCUACAUCCUGAAUCAAAACGCACGCAUCAGCAACGGUACCUUGCCAGGCAAAGUCAUAAAAGUAAACACCAUGGGUGUCACGAAUGGUUGUGUGGAUGCAUACAAUACGGCAUCCUCCAUCGCAGAAAUCCUCCACAACAAUACGUACAACACUUCCUUCUUGUCCAGCGACAUCUACGCCGAAGUCCAGAACAAUCUUACACAGAGCGGUGGCUGCUAUGAUCAAAUUAACCAAUGUCGUGCGCUCGUCGCUGAGUCUGAUCCAGAAGGCAAUGGCACAAACGACACUGUCAAUGCUGCCUGUGCUACAGCCACUGCAUAUUGUUUCGCCUAUGGAGGAAGUGGAGCUUACACCGGACUCUCUGGCCGCAGCGUCUUUGACAUGUCACAACCUGCUCUAGCCCCAUUCCCACCAUACUACGGCAUCGGAUACCUCAACCGUAAUGAUGUGCGCAAAGAGCUGGGUGUACCGGUUAUGUUCGCCCAAAACUCGGCAAGCGUACAAGCCAACUUUGUCGGCAUCACGGGCGACACCGCACGAUUUGACGGUAUUCGACGCUUGAACCAGAUCCUAACUGCAGGCGUCAAAGUGUCUUUGAUAUUCGGCGAUCGAGAUACCAGAUGUAAUUGGUUGAACGGAGAAGCAGUCGCCAAUGCUGCCAAAUGGCCAGGUCAGCGCAACUUUGCAUCUGCUGGCUACGAAGACACGAAGGUUAAUGCAACAUACGUCGGUGGUCUGACCCAACAAUCCCAGAACUUGAGCUUUACCAGAGUCUUCCAGGCAGGUCAUGCAGUUGGCUACUUCCAACCUCAGACCGUGCUAGAGAUCUUUGAGCGCAGUAGUAUAUGGGACCAUGAUGUUGCUACUGGGACUCGUGAUCUGGCCGUCAAUGGCAGAUAUCGUACCAGUGGACCUAUUAGUGCUUGGAGUCAUUUUGAAAUUCUGCCAGACGAACCUGCCCCGCUUUGCAAUAUUUGGGCUGCGGCAGUUGCUUGUACGGAUGAGCAGUUGCAGGCGUUGUUGGAUGGGAGUGCGGUGAUCGAGCAUGACAUUGUUGUGAGCCCGGCUGCUUGA